UUCAAUGUAGUCCCUUAAAUUAAAAAAAAAUGGGGUUUUUAUAAGGGCACUUUACUCCCAAUUUGUAAAUCUUUCUUCAAUUGAUUGGUAAUUUGUUCGCCGGAAGCAAUGGUGAUGACAAACUUCACUGGAACUGGUAUCGGUGUUGGUGCUGGCAUUGGUUGCGGAUUCGGUGUAGGAUGGGGUUUCGGAGGCAUGCCUUUGAAUUUCUUGGGUCUUGGUGUAGGUGGUGGCUGUGGGAUCGGAGUAGGCCUCGGAUGGGGAUUUGGCUCUGCCUUUGGUAGCCAGUACAGGAACUCUAGAGUUACAUUUGACGGCACAGAUUUUAUCAAUAAGGAGCGUAGUGAAGAAAGAGAUUUAAAAGAUCCAGCCAAAGGCACUGGAAAAGCUCUUUCUUCUCAGUAAAUAUACACAUCUUCUGUUGAUGCACUCAUAUUCUCACUUUCCAAAAUUUGUUAAAGUUGUACAACCAGUUCCAUUUCAGCUAUCACUUGGAAACAUAUGUAGUAUCAUUUGACACUUGACAGUACUCUCUUCUUUGAUGUCUAAAAUUUGUUUACUUAUGAUGCUUGGGAAAACUCGGUAGCUGAAGCUUUAGCUUAAAUUGGAAAUAUGAGUUUAAGCCGUGGAAGCAGUAAUUAAUGCUUUGCAUUAUGAUAGUCAGUACCUACAUUACAUCCUUGGAGUGCGGCUAUUUCCUGAAUCUUAAUGUGAAUGCAGGAUGUUUUGUGCA